AUGAAAUUGAGUUAUUCGGUUGGCCACUUUCUCAACGACCUGUGUGCCUCUAUGAGGUUUACAUACCUGCUGGUGUUUUAUCACUCAGUGUUGGGCUUUCAGAACACAAAUGCCGGUGUGUUGUUGCUGGUGGGGCAGAUAGCAGAUGGAGUGUGUACACCGCUUAUCGGAUACGAGUCUGACAGGACACCCGGCUGUGGCUCUUAUGGAAAGAGAAAGACGUGGCAUUUAGUCGGAAACUUUAGCGUUUUGCUGUCCUUCCCAUUUGUAUUUAACCAGUGCCUGGGCUGUGAUCUGAACACUCCACAGUGGAUCAGUCUCACCUACUUCACCCCCUUCGUUGUGAUCUUCCAGUUUGGCUGGGCGGCCACCCAGAUUUCCCAUCUGUCCCUUAUUCCCGAGCUGGUGUCCUGUGAGCAUGAAAAAGUGGAGCUCACUGCAUACAGGUAUGUCUUCACAGUGAUGGCCAACAUCACAGUGUAUGCAGUGGCCUGGCUGAUGUUUCAUUUUCAAGGGGAUGACCCUACCAUUACAGACAACCUCGGCCCUGCUGACAUAGCUGUUUUCAGAAAUUUAAGUCUCAUAGUGGUGGGCAUUGGAGCACUGUUCUCGCUGCUGUUUCACCUGGGCACACAGGAGAAGGGAGCACGUCCCAGUCAGGAGGAUGAUGGGUCCAGUCCUGGGGAAUGCCAACCUCUUCUCAACAACUCCACUGUGGCUUCUCAAACCAAUCUGCUGCAGUGGCAGCAUUGGCUAAGACAGCCAUCAUUCUACCAGAUUAGCAUACAUUUAACUGUGGCUGUGCUUUAUAUGUCUACCAGACUGAUAGUGAACCUGUCACAAACAUACAUUUCCAUGUAUCUCACCUAUACACUACUGCUGCCAAAGAAGUACAUAGCCAUUAUUCCCUUGGUCAUGUAUACGAGUGGCUUUGCUUCCUCGUUUAUCAUGAAGCCUUUUAGCAAACUGAUAGGGAAAUGUUUAAAUUACAUUUUUUUGGGACUGCUGCUGAUUCUUGCGUUCUCCUAUUGGGUGCUGCUGGACACACAUAUGGGAGACAAGGUGUAUGGGGCAGCUGUAUUAUUAGGGGUGGGGUCAGCUACCAUCCAAGUGAUGUCACUUGCCAUGACGGCUGAACUCAUAGGAGAUCAAACACAAAGUGGGGCAUUUGUGUAUGGUGCUAUGAGCUUCACAGACAAGAUUGCUAAUGGUCUGGGAGUUAUGAUCAUCCAAGCUUUGCACCCCUGCCACACGAUAGUAUGCUGUCCAGCCUGUGUAUGGUAUUACCACUAUGCCAUGGUCAUUGUCACUGGUGGAGUGGCCAUUUUAGCAGCUCUCGGCCUCUGCACGAUCCUUAUCUGGCCCAUAAAGAUUGUUCACUUAUCUGUGCAAGAUCAUAAUGUUCAGUAAACAGCAGGGACUUGAAGGGUGAGGGUCUCACAAACAAUCAGGAAUCAGAAGUAAACGACUUUGAACAACAAACAACAAAUGAGUAAUUAAUGAUCAGUAUGAUCAGUCAACAGCUACUUAUGCUUUUUUUUAUUUUUUUAUAAAAGAUUAAAUAUAAACUUUAAAGUGAUUGUUUUGCAAAUGCUAAAAGGUUGAUUGCAUUUACAUAUGCAUGAAUACCAGUGCUUGCAAGGCAGCAUUGUAUUGAUAUUCCUCAAACAUACGAGUUAGGGAUUCAUUCUAAACUACUAACACUAACUCAUUUUCACAAUUAAUUCUACCACAACUGCUUAACCAGUCCAUACACUCCAUUCAAACUUUGUUUUGUUGAUAAUUUCAGUUUUAUGUGUGCUGGUUUUAUCAUUUAAGAAAUAUUUAUAAGAGUUUUAAAAUCUCCCAUUGACUUACUGUACAAUUCUUCUUCUUCGAGUCCGUUGCAAUCUCAGAUGUCGUUCUGCCAAUAUCUGGCGCAGAUCACAGCUGAUGUAGUUGGUUCAGCCAGAUCCUGGGCACUGCACUGAGGGGCGUUUUCACACUCCAGUAGAUGGGACAUUGUCUGUACUGCUCCGCAGCUACAUGUGUCGUCUGUCUGGUGGUUCCAUGUUUUCAUAAGUGCUUUGCACCUGCCCUGUUCCACUCGUAAUCUGUUGAGGGUCUUCCAGGUUAGCCAUGGGAGGUCGUGCCCGCUGGCGAGACAUUCAGUCGGGGUGAUUCCUCUCUCCAUCCAGUCCAGGGCUCGUGUGUUUAGCUGGUUCCAUUCAUCUGUACAAUUAAAAAUCAUAGAAUGUUUAGCACUUCAAAUGUAAUCCACUGUGAUGUUAUUGUUUUUGCAUUUUCAAUUUUGAUUGGUCUACUUUCUUGCAUACACUCACUGAGCACUUUUUUAGGAAUGCCUUCAGUUAAUGUUCAACCAUCAGAAUGGGGAAAAAAUUUCUCUCAGUGAUUUCGACCUUGGCAUAAUUGUUGGGUUGGUUUGAGUAUUUCUGUAUCUGUUGAUCUCCUGGGAUGUUCAUGCACAACAGUCGCUAGAGUUUACUCAGAAUGAUGCCAAAAAACAUCCAGUGAGUGUCAGUUCUGCCUUGUUGAUGAGAGCAGUCAAUGGAGAAUGGCCAGAUUGGCCCAAUUAUAUGCAUUAUUAUGUUUCUCGUAUGUGAGACAAUGAUGUCUGACAUGUUUUCUGUUCAUACAAUUUACUGAACAGCAUAAAUGUUCUUUAUGAACAGACAUUUCUGUAUCUUGGGUUCAUAUGUUGCUACCUGUCAUUUACAACUUGUUACUCAUUACCAAUGUUGCAGUGCGAGUUAAGUGUACAUCUGGUGACCUGAUCAUUUGUGAUGCUUGUGCGUUUAAAUGCUUAAAAACAGAAUUGUCAAACUGAAAUUAUUUAAAUGCAGUCUAUUGAAGUUGAAACAAUCAACACAACUAGGAUGUUUUUAAAAGGCCAUUGUGUAUAUUACUUUUGAAGUAAGCUACUUGUUUAAAAAACAGUUUUAUUUAAAAGUUAUAAUAAAGUAGACAAGUGUCUGUCUGGGAGCAUUAAUGGGUUCUGCAAAAUCGGGAUCCCUAAGAUACAGAAAUUGACCCAAGCAAAUAUACAUGUAUUCUGUAUUAAUUCACACUACUGAAGGAUCAAUUUAAGUCCUAUUAUUAACAAUCUUAAAAAUGAGGCCUGCCAAAUGUCCCAAUAAAUGUCUUUCAUCACUUUUUUUAAAAAGUGAAUUGGACUCAAACCCUCACGUCAGAAUUUAUGUUCUCUAGUGAAAAAAUCUUUCUCAUUUAAAAAAAUGAUUAUCCAAAAUCCCAUGUCAUUGGUUUGUGAUGAUCUUAUUUCCUAUGGAAGAAGUGUGAUAGACUAAUCACAUAUAGACUAAUCUGCUCUGGUCAUGACAUUCACAGUGUCCUUGAUAAGAGGGAACAAGUGUUCUGAAACCAUAAUGGGGCAACACUUGGGGGAUUCUUGGGAGAUGUUAUAACAAUAACAAUGAUCCUGUUAUGGAAAACUAAAACAGGUGGUCUGAGGAUAAAGGCCUGUGCAAAUAUAUGUUAUGUUCAUACAUUCAGGAUUGCCUGCUAUGUCUAUAAUUUCUCUCCCCAAGGGGGCACCAGAGUCAAAGGGAUGGUUUUGAAACCCCUCAGCUUUGGAACGUCUUAUAAGGCUUAUUAUGUGCUGGCUAUGUGGUAAAAUAAAUAGCUAACAACAAAUUACAUAUGUGACAUUAUUUACACACCCUUAUGUCAUUCAAUACCUGCAUGACUGAUUUAUUGUGGAAAAAAAUAAAUGACAUGUAUUAGAAUCCUCAUGCAGGUCUUUUCCAUCCAGUGAUAAAAUAUAUCAUUUAUUUUGUUUCACAGAAGAAAAAAAUGUGAGUAGAUUGUGACAGAAUUUGGUGAACUAUUUUUUAAUUUUAUGGGGAUGCAAGCAAUUACAUCUAUUUUAAAACCUUGUGGAGUUCUACUUGUUAAAUUGUUUGGUUAUUGACCACAGGCUAAUUGUAAUGCCCAAGAAAAAAAUGCACUUGUUCCAAAUGCUUUGAUAUUAGCUGAUGAUGUCAUUCUUUUCACUGGUAAAAUAGUUUAGUGUACCUUCACUAAACCUAUAGUUUAGUGUACCUACUACCUAGUGUAUGAUUGCCAAAUGAGGGCUAAUGGGCAUGAAUACUUGAAUGCUAAUUUAUCUAAAGCUGCAAUUCAUUCAUUUGAAACAUUUCAGAAAUAACGUCUACAUUUAUGCAUUUGCCAGAUGCUUUAUCCAGAGCAAAUUACAGAGCCCUUAUUACAGGGACAAUCCCCCAGAGCAACCUGGAGUUAAGUGCCUUGCACAAGCAAUGGUGGUGACUGUGGGGAUUGAAUCAGCAACCUUCUGCUUACCAGUUCUGUGCUUUAACUCACUACACAACCACCACUCCAUAAUUACCUCUCUCUUGUCAUGUUGAACAUCACUAGCAAGUGCCUGGUGGAAAAUCCAAUCUAAAUAUUUAUUAAUAACAUCUUUGUUGUAAAGCUUAGAAAAUAAAUCUAAAACACAUGUUCACUUGCAUUCUAUUAAGGAGCAAUUAUCACUAAUUGGAACAGCAUUUAUAGAAACCACUGUGAAUUAUCCAACUGGAUACAACACAAUGGAUUGUUUCAGAGGCUGUACUGCAAGAUGAAGAUUUGUCUUCUCCCUUAAACAGUAACUUUAAACAAUAAAGUUGUUGUAUAUAGAUGUUAUGUGAUAGCACCCUUAGUAUCAAUAGAAAUAAACCAAUAAUUGCCACCUUUAUGUACUUUCAGCAAUUAUAAUCUGCUACUCAUUAGUGACAAAUCUGUUUGCAAUGAAGACAAAAUCCAAGGGCAACCCAUUCUAUUUACUUGCUUUAUUUGCAUAUUGAACCACAGGUCAGUCAAUGUAUUUCUGAUAUGAUUUGUGAAAUAACAUUGGACUGCUCCCUGAAGAUCUGGAAUGCUUGCUGAAGUAAAAUGUGUGUAUCACAAAUGAAGCCAUUAGUCAAUGUUUUCUUCCCUAUCAAAACAUUUCAUUAAGAAUUUCAACCUGACAUUGUAUGGGAAAUAUAUUUAAUGAUAUUUAAAAUAGAGGGAGCCUCUAUUUAUCCCUGAUUCAGCUGUUUUUUUUGUGUUUUUUUUUUUUUCCUGAACAUUCAUUAUUAUGUUGGAAAUAUUUGAGUUUAAACAAGUUUUCUUCCUGUAUAGAUUAGCACAAUUACAGCGUUAAAUAUGUCAAUAGCAAAUUGACUAUUUUUAAUUUAUAUAAUAAAUAUUUGUCUUGUGUAAUAUG